AUGGACGAGAAACACGAAAUCGAUCCUGAAAAGAAUAUCAACAACCUCGAAAAGGCCUAUGCCGGCGACAGUGUCUCCCUCGAAGAAGCCGAGGUCGAGAACUCCAGGAUUGAGGCUGUCCGUCUUGUCGUCCCCAUCACCGACGAUGUCACUUUGGUCGCCUUGACCUUCCGUUUCUGGGUCUUGUCGCUCUUCUUCUCCGUCAUCGGCUCGGUCAUUCAACAAUACUAUCUGUUCCGUGUCUCUAGUGGUUCCUUCUCUAUCUACUUCGUCAACUUGGCUUCCUAUGGCAUGGGUACCGCCAUGGCUCGCGUACUCCCUACUAGCAAGUGGACCGUUGGUGGCUUCUCCUUCUCCUUUAACCCCGGUCCCUUCAAUAUCAAGGAGCACGCCCUCGUCGGUAUUGCUGUCUCAACCGCCGCCACCUCUGCCUACGCCAUCGAAAUUCUGUCCUCUAUGGAUCUCUUCCUCCACCACCAGAUCAACGCCUUUGGCGCCAUCGUCCUCAUCGUUACCACUCAGUGCUUGGGUUACGGUAUGGCCGGUGUCCUCCGCAAGUACCUCGUCUACCCCGCCGAGAUGGUCUGGUGGGGCAACUUGGUCCAAGUCGUCUUCUACAACGCCAUGCAUAACACCGACGAGUUCAAGGCCAAGAGGAUGUUCCGCGGCUGGUCGUACAUGAAGUACUUCUGGAUCGUCUGCGGUGCCAUGUUCAUCUAUGAGUUCAUCCCUCAGUACAUUGCUCCUCUGCUGGUCUUUUUCGAUUGGGUGUGCUGGAUCAAGCCGUUCGACUACGACUUCUGGGCCCUCUUCUCGUCCAACGGUGGUGGUGGAGCCGGUAUCCUCUCUCUCUCUUUCGAUUGGACUGCCAUUGGGGGAGCCACCAUGUGGAUGCCUCUUUCGACCCAAUUGUCCCAGUAUAGCGGUAUAGUUCUCUCCUACUGGAUCAUCUUCCCCAUCAUCUGGUUGAACAACGUUCUCAACGCCAAGCUCUAUGGACGCCCCUUGACCUCUGGAUUAUACACCUUGGACGGCGGUCGCUUCAGCAUCGACUCAGUGUUGAACGACGACUACUCUGUCAACGAGGAGAAGUACUUGGCUGGCAAGACCGCCACCAUGACACCCAUGUACGCCUUGGUCUUUAUGUACUCCUUCAUUGCCCUUGCCGGAUGCAUGUCUCACAUCCUCUGCUUCCACGGUGCUGACAUCUGGAAGACCUGGAAGCAGUCUCGCGACAGCGCUGACGAAGAUAUCCACGUCAAAAUGAUGAAGGCUUACCCCGAGGUUCCUCAGUUCUGGUACGCCGCUUUCUAUGUUGUCAUGGUCGGUCUCUCUUGCAUGGUCUGCGAGGUUUAUGGUCUCCAGCUGCCCUGGUGGGGUCUCCUUGUCGCUCUUGCUCUCUCUUGGGUUCUCACUCUCCCCAUCGGAGCCAUGGUUGCCAUCUCCGGUAACGGUCCAGGCCUCAACGUCAUUACCGAGUUGGUCUGCGGUUUCAUGUUCCCUGGCAAGCCCAUCGCCAACAUGGCCUUCAAGUGCUACGGAUACAUGGCCAUGUACCAGUGCCACACUCUUCUCUCUGAUCUUAAGCUCGGUGUCUACAUGAAGAUCGCACCCCGCUCGAUGUUCACCGCCCAGGUUUGGGGAGCUUUUAUCGGAUCCAUUUUCAACUACCUCACUAUGCACGUUAUCAUCAAUGCCCGUCGUAGUUACUUGGACGGUUCUGAGGAGGAUCCCACUGGUCUCUGGACCGGAGUCAAUACCCAGGUCUUCUGGGGUUCCGCCCUCAUCUAUGGAGCCCUUGGACCCAUCAAGAUGUUCGGUCCCUCAUCAAACUACGGCUUUAUCUACUGGGGCUUCCUCAUCGGCGCCGUGAUCCCCGUUAUCCUGUGGGGCCUCUCCAAGAAGUACACCAACAUCAAGUGGUCGCGCCUCAACAUUGCUCUCGUUGCCGGCGGUAUGUCUGCCUACCCCGGUGGUCAGCCCAUCGGUGUCCUCCCCUCGAUCAUCCUCUGCCUCGUUUGGCAGUUCUGGGUCUUCCGCUACAAGAAGGAUUUCUGGUCAAAGUAUACCUUCAUCCUCUCGGCUGCCCUCGACACCGGCGCAGCUUUUACGGGACUCUUUUUGUUCGUCUUCCUCCAGGGUGGUAUCUCGCCCAAGCUCAACUUUUCCUUCCCCUCGUGGUUCCUUAACCAUUAUGAUGAGGAAGGUAACGCGCCUUACAAGUCUGUUGACAGGUGCGGUGCCGCUUUAAACAAGUGGGAGUCUGGCAUGUUGCCCACUCCUCCCUAG